AGAAUUGAAUUAUGACUUCGUAUGCUUGGAAAUCGAACACUUUGAAUUCGAAUUUUGGACCCAAUUGUUUGUUUUCGGAGAAUUUAGGAGGGUUUAGUGGGAAUUGGAGAGGUGGUUCGAUGUCGGUUUCGCAAUCUUUGGUGUUGGAUAGUGAGAGGGGUGAGCUUGUGAAGGCUGCUCCGGUGAGAGUUGGGAAGAAAAAUGGUGGGGUUUCGGAGGAGAAGGCGAUGGCGGCGUUGAAGAGUCAUAGCGAGGCCGAGCGGAGGAGGAGAGAGAGGAUCAAUGCUCAUCUCACCACGCUUCGUGGCCUCGUGCCUUGCACUGAUAAGAUGGACAAAGCAGCAUUGCUUGCUGAAGUUGUCAGCCACGUGAAACAACUGAAGAAAACUGCAACAGAAACCAGUAAAGAUUUACUUGUUCCAAUGGACACCGACGAAGUAAGAGUUGAAUCACAUAACGAGGGAGAUACUGAGGAAACCUUCUCAUUCCGGGCCUCCAUAUGUUGCGAAUACACACCCGAACUUCUGUCUGAACUGAGACAAGUUCUCAAUUCCCUUCAUCUGAAUAUGGUGAAUGCAGAAAUCUCAACCUUGGGAAGUCGAGUGAAAGUUUUUGUUUUCACCAGCAAGAAAUCCAUGAAUGCCGACAAUCCCGAGGCAUGCCAAGUCAUCGUGAAUUCUAUUCAUCGGGCUUUGAGCACUAUUCUGGAUAAGGUUUCUGCCUCGGCAGAGUACUCGCCUAGAACAACGCUUCCAAACAAGAGGCAAAGGAUUUCUUUUUUCAAUUCUUCGAGCUCAUCUUCAUGAGUAGAUAUUCUGGUAAGUUGGUUAUAGGAGUAGUUAUGUACAUACACUUUUGUAACUUGUAGGGGCGUGUGGUGGUGUAUAUUGUAUAUGAUGUUCCUAUAUCUUUACUUGGAGCAUGAAUGUAUCAAAAAAAAUUGGAUGGUGUUACUUAAUUUCAUGGAAUUGUAUAUUUAUAUGAAUGUAUCAAACUUUGGAAUAUGUAACAUGGGAUUCUCUGUUCCA